AUGAGUGAUACAUUAUUAUUUUUAUCCUCAACGAUGCCAAAUGAACAUGAACGUAUACGAGAUAUUAAAUGUCAUAUCAAUCAAUUAAUAUCGGAAUUACGCAUUAUCGAACCAAAUAAUAGUUAUUUGGAAAAAUUUCAACCUUUCAAUAUAACAAUAAAUUCAUCGUCGACAAUAAUAAAAAAUGAAACAUGUGUAUUAGAUCAUCAAUGUCCAUAUUUAACUCGUAAACAAGCUAUAUUGCAUUCGACAACAUAUCAUGAAUAUAGAAAAAUUCAUAAGAGAAAAAACUUUUUAUUGUUAUCACCAAAAAAAAAUAUUUUCGCUAAUUCAGCAUGUGCGACCAGUACACCGAAAAAUUCUCCAAAUCAAAAUACUUUACUUAAACCUCAUCUGACAUCAACGCCAAGACGUAAUAAACGUCAAUCGACAAAUGCUAUUCCCCUGAAACGUCUUCUUUAUAAUAAUAAUAAACUUUCGAAUCGACAAAGACAUGCAACUAAACGAUCUAUAAAUCCACGUUAUAGUCAACUAAACGCAAUUGACGAAAAUCCACAAUGGAUAUAA